AUGAUUGGUUUAAAGAGGACAACGUCAUACAUUGUUGAUGGUGUAUUGGCUCGCUCCAUCUCCUCCGCAUCAUCAAUGAUGUUGUUAAACAUUCGCAACAAUAAUAAUAUAGUAGCAGUCAAUGCAACAAGACAAUAUAGUAACAAUAACAACAACAACAGCAAUGACAUGUAUACAUCAGCGAAUGGAGAGCCAGACACAAAGUCAUCGUCCACUCCUGACUAUGAAUCAAUCUUUACACGUCUUUUUGGAAAGAUUAGAACAGACCCAAAGGAUAACUCAAAUACUUUUAUUCAACAGAAGCAGACAAUGCAGCAACAACAACAACAACAAAAUGAUGAUGAUUUGGAUCUCAUGGACCAGUUUGAAGAGCCAAUCUUUACUGCUGAGAAAGAGGACAAGAGGCAAAGAACACCGAAUAGUAUCGAGGAGCAACUUAAAUCGCUGGCAAAUUCGGCCCCAAGAAGGUCUGCAGCAGAAAUCCUCCGUGAUGUCAAGCUUAACUUGGACGACUAUAAAGUCGAUGCGAGUGGCAGGACAGGCCGAUCGAGGUCGGGUGGCUACACCAACGAUUCAAACGCAUAUAUGCAACCUGCACCCUUGGAGGACUACUAUGGCUUCAUCAAGAAGUACAACGAUAUGCUGGACGAAUGCAACGAGAAACACUCCAAGCCUCUUUACCAACAGGUGUGUCUGUGUAUUGAGCGUGUUCCACGCCAACUUGACCCUGCUCAGCUGGAGAACGCUAUUCACAAGGACUUCCCCUACAAGAUCGACGCCAUGUUCUGGGACUUUGUCCAAGACAAUGCCCCAGGUGGAGACUUCACCUCUAUUCUCUGUGCCAUUCGUUACAACACCUUGACGGACUUUGACGAUGUCAUUCAACACUCGACUGUGUCCCCGUCACCAUUGGAUGCAGACUCGAUGGACGAGAAGACCAAGCUGCUGCUCAACGACUCCAAGCCAGAGGCCAUCGUGGAGAAGUUUGGACUCUAUGGUCUAUUCACACAGGGCAUCAGAUACAAGGUCAUUGGAGCAAUGACAGUGUUGAAGCUGAAGGGCAUCCCCAACAGUGUCGACGAGGAGGGUUUGAGACAAGAGCUGGAUCAACACUUGACCUUGCGCGGCGGCUUCAAGCUGCACCUUCAAAAGGCAAAGAAGACGGCGAAUCUGGCAGUCAGCGAGCACAAUGGAACAUGCUACAUGUCCUUUGACAGCCACAUUGAUGCUUUGGAGUGCUACCGACGUCUGCACCAAGUGCAACUGUUUGAUAAACCUAGUCGUAUGUCAUGGAGCAGGAAGUUGUUCACCGACAAUUCCGACCAGGCUCAUCUCAUGGCCAAACUAUCACAUGCCAAAGCGAAACAAUAUGGUGAUCUACAAUUGAUGAAGAAGGUUAUCGAUCUAACAAGUCAACUCAAAGAGUUACAAGAAGAGAGAGAAAAGUAUAAAUCAUCAAAGUCUCGAAGAUAA